AUGGCGGAUGGUCAGAGCGAAAAUCAUGCGUUGACAAAUUUGUCUCCUCGCAUCAUUUUCGUCCGUUUAAGUAAGGAUAAAUCCAAAGAUACCGUUGAAGAUGAAAUAUUCAAGUACAUUAAGAAAGUGCUGGAUGAAUCAACUGACGGUGACAGCGAAUUGGAAAAAGCCAAAAAUUGUGUCACUCUGCCAGACUUUGGCACGAGUAAGAUUGUCCAAGUUGCAGUGGGUCCGGCGUUCAUAGGAUUUCUCUUUCAUGAUGGUCGUGUUUGCAGGGUUAAAUGUGUUUCAAAAAGUGUCGAAGGCACACAGACAUUGAUUAAUUCACAAGGCAGUUCAGAGGAACCAAUAUUUCAAGUGAAAAGCGACGAAGUGUACGCGAAACAACUUCAAAAUCAGUUAAAUGAAGAGAUCAGGAUCAACAGGACUUCACCAAGCAGGUCGCUAGUGCACGGAGGAGCGACAUCUUCACCUCAAUUUUCAUUUCGAGCUUCCGAUAGAUAUGGCUUAGGAAAUGCUUUUCUUAGUAAUCGGACAAGGCAAAGAGUAGCGAGACCAUGGACGGCAAGAACAAGUUCUAGUAAUUAUGUCACAACUCAGGUUAAACAAGGAACUCAGACAAAAAGUGAAGAACCACAACAAUCAAGCAAUACGAGAUCGUCGCCUGUAGGAGACGGUGAAUCAAGCAGUCACGAAACAAACGCAGAUGAAUCAAAGCAAUCUUCCAAUUCUGAUAAAAACAUAAAUCCUGAUGAAAGUUUUACUGAUGGGGGCAAUUCAGUAACUUCAGUUACAUGUAAUACUAAAUUAGAAGACAAAGAAACAGCUGGAACUUCCAAUCCAAAUGUGCAGGACAAAUGUAAUCAAGAGGUAGAAAAUUCUACAGGAAAUCUGUCUGCAAAUCAUUCCUCAUUGGAGACUUCAUCUAGAAGUUCUAAUUCUCGUCGGUUGGUUUCUUCACCCACUCUCCUCCACAGGACAGUCUAUACAACAAAUCUUCCUGGAGUGGUGAGACCCUGGCCUCCAUAUGGUAUACCAGUAGUUGGUUCUGUGCAACAAUUUCCACCUUACAUCAGCCGUGGAAAUCAGAUGUCUGGUAGGUCUUCUGUACCACUCCAAGCUCAUGUUGUGCGUGCUCAUCUUGCGGAGCAAUUGGCAGGUGCGUAUGUGUUUUCCAGAGGGCCCACAAGUACUAAUUUUCAACGAACAGAGGAGAGAGCUGCUGGUGACAAUAGUAAAACCAUAAGCUGCAAUGACCCCGAUUUUUGUUAUCCUGAAAUUGGCAACCUGGAGUGGCUGGAAGUGGAAAAUGUGAGUGAAGCGGCACGCACCUGUACUUCAUUAAGGGGUUUUUGGUGUUUUACAAUUGUCCCUGUUAUGACAAAAUGCUUGAAAAAUUGUUGGUUUUGAUCUUUCUAAAUUCUGAGUUUAUUUGUGCUGGGUAUUUUUCAGGCCUUAGAGAUGGGAAAAUUCUCUGGCCACAGCACAGAAUUAUUAAGCUCAAGUUUUCAAUAGCUGUUGCUGUUGUUUAUUAAGAUGUUCAAAACCCAGAUUGCUUUCAUACUACAUGUAUUUAACCCUGGAACUAGAAGAGUGACUGGUUUCUAAUAUCUCCUUACAGUAUCACCCAAAUAAUAAGAGCACGAUAAUAUAGGAAAGGAUCAUCAUUAUUUAAGAAGCUCUUGAUUGUCAAACAAUUCUACUAAUGUCAGUACCAUUGGAAUUGAAAGGGGAAAAAUGAGGAGAUUAUGACUAGUAAUGAUAGUAAUCUCCUCCUGCUUUAUGACUCAGUGAAAAUCCUGUUUUACUUUGUAAAUAUGAUUAUACCCCAAAUUGUGAAGUGAGUCUGACUUUAUUCAGUGGCUUCCUAAAGAAGGAAAAAAGAUUAAGAAAUUAAAAGCAUCAUAAACGAAGCUGUUAAAUUUAAAGUCGUUUUAAAACUGUUCAAUGAGUGUUCUCAUUGCAUUGCUUUCUCUCAAGAAAGAUUAGGGUGGAGAUUGAACUAACUGCUUUUUUUUUCUUUUUAUUGUGGCCUUCUAGUUUUUUGCAUCAUCAGUUAUAAAUUUUGGCAGAAAUAUAUCAAUUCUGUUUUAGGAGGGUUCUAAAGAAGGUUACAUGUAUCUGAUACUUCAUUGACAAACUUUGACUUGUGCCUUGUAACAAAUUCAUUUUUUGCAUCUUGAUUAAGCACACUGAACACUGUCACAUAAUGGGGCACAAACAAUAUCCAACAGCAGAGAAUUACACAUUUUGGUUUAAUGAGAUAGAUAAUAAGAUAUAAUUAGUGCUUUCUCUUAUUAUUGUACAAGCUUAGAGCAAAGUGUGUUUGUAAGAGUGGAAGAAAAACUUAUUAAGAAGAGAAACCAUCCUAACAAACAAAAUGAACCCAGGUGUAGCAUACUAUGGAGGGGGACUCAAUAUUGAAAGGGUUGGAUGGAAUUUCAAAAGCUUUAUGCUCUAUGAUUAUAAUCCUUUUAGUAAUACUUAAUUUUAGUUGAUUCUAUUACUGAUAAAAGCUUUUCUUUGCAUUUUCAUCUUGCUCAAAAUGUUGAUUGAAUUGGUUUGUGCUUUCAAACAAUUCUAGCAAGUAUUUUUUUUUUCUUUCAUUAGGGGAAAGAAGUUGCUUUCUCACACAUAGCAGCAAUGCAUUCAGAAUUUGUUCUGGUUGAGAAAGGAACAGGAAUCCUUUAUCACUGGCCCUAUGAAAGUGAUGUGGCUUGUGAUGUUGCCAUGGAGAUUUCAUCUUCACUUGAACCCAGUUAUUUUCCAUUGGCAAAACCACACCCAUUAGGAGAGGCUUUAGGGCUGGACAGUGAAAAAGUUUGUCUUCUGGCAGCAUCAAAUGUGCGUUGUUCACUAGUGACUUCAAGUGGAAAGAUUUGUACAUUUUACGACAAGCUUCUUAGAGGUGUGUGUUCAGUAAAUGUGAUUCACAAUGUACAGUAAUGGAGGACAAAAUGUGUAGAAUUGGCUUAAAUUUGUGGAUGCCAAUGAAGUCAUUCUCAGUUAAAGACAAAUUUAAAUCUGUUCCCAUUUUUUACAUUUUGACCCAUUGUGAAUUCUCACUCAAGAAGUACUCUUAGUAAUGAAAAACUGUGAAACUAUGAGGUACAUGUGUGUACAAGCAUAAUUUUGGCUCUGAUAAUUCAAAGACCUAGAAUUUUAGAAUAUACCAACAUGUAUGACUACUGAAGGAUUGAUCCAUUGUGAAUUCUCACGCAAGAAAUACCAUUUCCCUUUUUGCCUCUUGUGAUUUCAUCAACAAAACUGCAAUGCAAAUUCCUAUAGUGUGUCAUUAUACAGCUUUUAUUUCGAGCAUCAGAUGGAGAAAUCCUUUGUUUGGAUGUUGGCAAAAACGGUCUUUCUCAGGAACCUCUCAUAGGAAGGUUCUAGCAGAGUUGACAUAUCCCAAGGCCUGAAUAACAUGUAUUGUAGGAUGCCCCUUCCCUGUCUGUAGCCUCACUUUUUCUUGAUAAAGAAAACAUAAACUAAAUGUAUCUAGAUUUAAAUUAACAGUAAAUGCACAAUAUACCUCUAAUCCAAACUUUUGAUUUUUGUCCCUCUUAGAAUCAAAUUGUGGAGAUCCUCCUGCCCUAGUGCAGGAGCUUUCUCAUUCUGCAAGGACAUUUGCUGAACUUCUGGGAGAAAAAAUUGUCUCUAUCAGCUGUAGUGAAUUCUUUUCAAGCUUGAUGACACAGUCUGGUAAAAUAUUCUGGUGGUGAGUUUGAUGCCAUAUUGCUUUAGGCAUGUCAUUUGAUAUAUACAAUGUAACUUGUGGGAACAGUAUUGAGUACAGAUUGCACAUGUUCAGUUGCAUGGUGAGCCUUGUAUGCAUUAACCUGUUUCAAGCACUCAGUUCGUAAAAUGGGGUGAAACAGCAAUUGGUGCCAUAGUACACUUGGAGGAGUGAAAAAAUGAGAGAAGCAUGAGUCUGGUCGACCCAACCUGACCCAAACCUCUCUCUCUUUUUCACUCCUCUGCUACUAUUGUUUUGUUUAUCUAACUGAAAACCUGGAAAAGGAUAUUUAUGCUUCUGAAGACCAUAUUUGAAGAAAGCAUUUGACUGCCCUCUUGAAAAUACAAUGUUGAUUCUCAAAUCAGAGAUAGUUUUUGGUUGAUUCAAAGUUGUGCAAACUCUGAGUCAAACUGCUACAAUCUUACAGUUGUUUCUAGUCAGCAGUCAGUCUCCCAUUCAUGGUCACUUGGGAGGUUGCUAAAGUGAUCCUGCUGACAUAUUAAGUGCAGGUGGUGUUUGGUAGCCAUCUAGUCCUGAGUGGCUUACUUUUUGCUGUUUUUUAGUGUUCUGCCACCUUUAGGGAAAUCCACUGCUAAAAUUUUAUUUAUUUUCGUUUUAUAUAAUUAUAUAUAUAUAUAUUUUUUUGUUUGUUUGUUUUAUUGAACAAACUUGUCCAAGCAAGAUGACUGGGUGUCAGUAAAAUUUUGUGUCAUUUUUUACCCUUCAUCUUGACCUCUGUUUUACUUAUCGCUUGUUCUAAGGGUUAUUCUUAAACAAUAUUUUACCUUAGUAUCGAUCAAACUAGUGUAUAUUUACUUUUACUUUGGUUAACGAUUGUUAAUAAUGUUGAAGCAAGCUUGUGAAGAAGCCUUGUUCAGUGUUUAAUUCUUUAUACAAGUCACUCUUGUUUACUUUACUUGCCUUCUCUCUUAGGGGAUUGUUACCAGCGGAAGAACGCCAAAACUUCAGGCAGAAGUUAAGCAAGGCAACAAAUCAAUCAAGCAAUAUUGGUGUCAAUGAGAAAGUUCAGCUUCGUCAGCAUUUUCCUGGGUUCCCUGGUGCUUUAGUCUACAAAUACUGUGAGGUCAGGGGACCCAUAGUGGGGCGUCUGCUUGGUCAUGAGUCGCCAGAAGGAACAAGCACCGUUGUGACAAAGAUUAAGGUUGAACCACUUUUCAAGAAAAGUGUGUCUAGCGACAAAGCAGACAGUGGGGCGGUGCAAACAGACACAGAUAUACCAGCCGCGAAUUCUUCUCGAGCGAAGGCUGUUGAAGAAGAGUUAAUUUCCAGCCAAAAGGAUUUUGCUAGAUCCUCCAGUCCUCACACGAGUGUAAGAAGGAAGGCGCAGUUCUCACACGUGUCAAGUAAUGCCUUUGAAAUCUGGGAGGUCAAAGAUGUUAUUUUUCUUGAAAGCGAAAACAAACUGUUAGGGACUGUUGCGGCAAUCGAUGGCCCUCAUGUUAUUGUGAAGGUUGCAAACGUGAUGUCACCAUCAGAAUCGUCACUACGCGUCUUCAAAGUAUCCGAACUGGAGCCUGUACCAAGUGAGAGUGCCGAGGGAAGUGCAUUAACUCAACCAUUACCAAAAAGUUCGUUAUAUAGAGGUUGUAUUCAACAUGCGCCAAAGUGUGUUGUCAGCAGCUCGCCCCGAUCGGGAGGGAAAGAUGUUCUCUCUGGUUUUAAACCAGUGGCCAUGACAGCCACAUCGACAGGGAUCUCUCUCGUUGUGCAGCGUCUCUCAGAUAAGAAAACGUUCUUUAUGGGACCAGCCAUGGAACAAGUUGUGGACAGUAGUAAGGUGUACACGUGUAGUGGAGAUAUUAAUGUACCCUCGAGUAUUGACGAUGGUUCUUGUACGGUGGAAGCUGAGGCCAUCCAAAGCCAGGAAGGAGCCCUUGCACCAGUAUCUUUGGUGCCUUCGGACACUUCUUCAAAGCCGACCAUUGGGCUGAAGAGAAGGAGAAGUAGUGACGAAAACGAUGACGAUGAUGAAAGCGACACUUCACAUUCGCUUCAGAUGAAGCCAAACAUCGAAUCAUCAACAUUUAACAGACUUCUUCCUUGUAACUUCUAUAGCACCAACCAGAAAUUUCCUUUGCUUCACUCUUCAAGUGAUUAUGACAUUGUUCUGCUGACUGAUGUCAACGGCUGUCUAUACCCAAGGCCGUUUGGGACCAAGUUGUCAAAUCCGAAUGUUGGUGAAAUUCCUCCUGUUCAGAGUUUUGGUCUUGGGACGCGAUUAGGUCACAGUUCAGAAGGCAAUUCUUCGCCUGAAAGAGUGUUGAUAGCGUUUAUAGGUUGGUUUCAUUUAGUUUUUCGGGACGACUUCUUCUAAAACACUGUCUCUUGUGACAACUUUAAUCGUAAAUGAAAAUAUCAAACUUUAAAUUAUGUUUGGCAGUGUCAUAUCCACGAAUUGAAUCGUUGUUUCCGGUUGAACCGGAAGCUCCGUAAUUUUUGGGUACCUUUCCUUUUUCAAGAAACAAGGUUUCUGGUUGCUUUUACAGCAUAAAAAUUGCAAAACAUGUGUUGAAGACAGUUUAGCCAAAGAAAAAAUCGCAAAUUUUAUUAAUUUACUUUCGAAUUCCUUGACGCAAUCUUUUGGUCUUUUGAUGAAUCAUUUGUUGACGAAGGUUGUGCGGAUGAGUGGGAUACUAACGUUUUUCGUUCCGCGUUUUUGUGGAUUUCUUCGCGCUCCAUAAAAAAAACAAGGUUGUUCGGUCAAGAUGUUUGGGGAUAUUUCGUGUUUUUGUGGAUUUCAUCUUGCUCCAUCAAAAAACAAACAGAACCAAACCAAACACUAGGGCAAUAUCUACAGUAGAAAACUUGAAUGAGAAAACUUCGUCAAGAACCCAUACUUCCUUAUAUUAGGACACACCUACUGUAUGUCUUAAAAUUUGUUCUUAAACGCCAUUUUCCAUCUUUCUCACAGCAUUCCAAGAGCAACGCCUUAUACCAGCUGUGCAAUCUGGCGUGGUGGAUCGAAUCCAAGAAGCACUGGACUUCCUCAAACAGCUGAACAGCAGUAAAGACAUCGGAAAAGGAAAUAAAAGCGUUGUAAAGGGGUCCAAAAAGGUUGUCAUCACUGACGCUCACGGUGAAGUUCACGGAGAGCCAGUGGGACAAACUGUUGUAAUCAGCAAGAGAGUUUUACAGCUGCUUCAUCAGCAUUCCACCUCCAAUCAAAAUGUGUUGCACAUUUGUUGUAGCAAUCCAACAUUUGUUGAAGACCGAGAUGGAAUCCAGAGUGUUAUAAAGAACAGCAGUAAGGGUACGUGCAUAGCUAAACUUGACCUUUUAAAAGAAAUAACGAACUUGUGUUUGUUACGUUUUAUUAAAGUUGUAACUUUUGUUUGUUUUUCAGAGGCAACUGUGCCUAUUAGUGUAGGUUCCAAGAGCAGUAGUGAACUGUCAGUAGAUGUGAGAGGAUUGCACAUGUUGCUGAAUGAUUCUGUAUUUGCCAAAGAAUUUGUGCCCAUGGUAAGGCAAUUUCUCUUUUCCAGCAACUUUCAACUGAACGGCAAAAGUAAUCCAGCAUUGCAUUGGUUCUGCUUAACUUCGUUCUCUGAUUUGUCUAUGAAAGUCCUGCCACCCUCUCAACCAAUCAGAUUAAAAAAUUAAACCAAUCGCGACCUUUCACUGCGUUUUCCCGCGCUUUUGGGCAAGUUGCCUAUUUUUCUUUUCUUCAAGUUCUCAUUGGCUCCUAAUGAUAUUUUUCUUUGCUCUGACUGAGCAUUGUGAUUAUUUUGAAUUUGUCUUCACGACACUCGAUCGAACUACAACCUGUCCAUUUUCAUAAUUUUCGAUAAUUUCAAGUUUUUUUCCUAAAAUCAUUUUGUAUAUUCAAGUAUUGUGUUGAAUGAUAAAUGGGGAGUACGCAUGGAAAUUGUAUAUUUUGACCACAAGUAAAUCUGGGGCCGUCAAUUUCUGGUUAGUUUUGAUCAUGAAUUAACCACACCUUUCAAAAUGGUUAUUUAUUCCCUGUCAACAAUGGAUAGCAGAUUGAAUGCUUCCUGUUCAUACUACAACAAUCACCGUCGGUGGAAACGCGUGAGCGAAUCCUUGAGCUUGCGCGCAUUAACGCUGUAGUCAAUCAUCCUGCCAUACUGCAUGUUAGAGAAACGUUGGUUUUUGUAUUUCAGUUGAAAGAGCGAGAUGCCUGUGGGAAUACUCCUUUCAUGACAGCUAUCCAGUGCCACAACUUUAAGGCUGCUAUGUACAUUCUGGAUUUUGUGGAGAAAGACAAAGGUAGGUAGAAGUGACUCUGACGAGGGUGUUGUUGUGUUCUUGGGCGAGAGAUACUUUUCAUAUUGCCUAUCUCUACCCGAAAUAUAAAUGGCUGAUGUAUAUCAUAGAGGUAAAGGUUUCGACACGAGCCGGUAAAUGCCGCCUAUAAGGCCUCUUAUCGUCGUCUGUUUAGUCUGUGAGCAGGUUCGUGUUUAGAUUUCGCCUUACAGCCCCUUUUCCGGGCACAGCCGCCUGUUACAUCAUCUGUAGCCGCUUAUGGAAAAAGUCAUUGAAAUCUCUGAGAGGGCUUUUUUAAAAUAGAGGUUUUUACAGUAUUAAAGAUGAUGUUAUUGUACUUGUGACAUUUUUCGCAUUCCGUAGACAACUGCUCCUUGAAGGAAAUGAUAUUCCCAGCAGCAUUCAACGGCAUGACGCCUCUUCAUGCUCUCGCCGUCGCCUGCACAGAGAAUCUUCCCCCCAGUGGACUGGGAAACAGCUUGACUGUGACUAACCUGCCUUCCAGUUACACGCCAAGGAUUCUGUUGAAGUUGUUUCAAAGCAGAUAUCCGUCAGCUUACAGAGCCACCAUACCACCUAUAGACAUGGAGGGAAGGAAGGUAAAAUUAAUUGCCGCUCCUGAUGAGAAUUUUAAUACAUUUUCAAGAAGAAAGGUGACGAGUAGGUUCUAGUAUCAUCCGCUGGUCGGGAGAAAAAAUAAAAAUAAAGUUUCCUCCCUCCUCGCCCCCGCCCCCUCUCGUCAGGACUUUAAGUCUUGUGUAUUCUUUGUAGUUGUAUCGCACGAAGACCCCAAAGCAGAAGGUAAUUGAAAAACUGCAAGCCAAAAAAGCGAAGAAGACACAUAAGAAGAAGCCCACUGAGUUGAAGAGAGGUAACUUACUAACACCACCCACGUCUGGUGGGAAUGGACAUCCAUGGUCAAGGCGAUAUGUCGAUGGAGGAGCGCGGAUUCCCGUGGUCAGCAGUCGACGAGAGUCUUUAACAGGUGAGAGAUUAUUUAUGCGGUGAUCGGCCAGAUGCUCACCGAAAAGGAGAUUGAAUAGGUGCUUCUUGGAUAUUACUUGUGGGUUUUUAUUUAUGACGGAUUGGAAAAAGAGAACGAAGCAGUAACAGCAACAACUGCUGUGUGUGAAGAGAGGUAUUUUCAGAUAACCUGCAUAACCAACGUCUUAGGUCAGCGGAGUGAUGUGCGCUAGAGUCGCGUGCAGGUCAAUACGAAGUAAGUUUCUGUCGAUGACAACUCUUACAGCCUCAAUUCGUCCUCCAAGGGAACCCUUAAUUAUCGUGCUAAUUACAUGUCACAUUAUUCCGAGGAGAUUAGUUGUGUUGAGUUGAAAUUAACUUAGGAGGUGAUGCUUUUUUUAAGGUUUCAUUCUAUUUCAUACCUGUCGUUUCCCCUCGACCACUGAAAAAUAUUUCUGCAGGAAUUAUUUGAACACAAAUUCCUAGCCCUCGCUGAUGCCUAGAACUAUGUUUCGGUUGCGCCUUUUUUUAACACCUGGUAAAUUUUUGUUUAAUUAGGAGUGGUGACAUUUUCUGAUCCUAAAGAACUGAGACAAGCUCUGGUGGAGAUGGAUCAUCACAUGGUGUCCAGUGAGAUGACCGCACCCGAAGGUGGACUUGCCAGCUUGGUGCAACAUGUUCUGCAUGUCAAACUCACUGAGGUUUGUUGUUGACAAUUUGUAAGAAAAUCACUCCGUCCAGCUUAGCUCUACCUUACAUUCAAAAUCUCUUCUUGACCAGGUGGCCUCGAGGUCGAGUUCUGCACUGUCAGUUAAGGAAUCAACGAGGAUCCUUAAAUCAAAAAGUACAGACCGCGAACUCAUUUAGAAAGAGGUCUUCAUUAGAUGUCUUCAGCGCAUCUGACUGGUGCAGGAAACAAUUUUCAGUGACGUGUAAUGACUUGAAUGACUGACGCACAUCGAAAGCAACACGAGUCAAUUUGAAAACAUCGCUUCGUCGUCAGCACCGGUCAUAACCGACAGUUUAAAGAUAACAAAACAUUUGUGUGUCCGAAACAGAAACAGAGUUUUCGGCAACAAAAGCAGAUUUGAAUUCCGAGGGAACUCGCAGCAGAGUACAAUUUGCUGAAUCGACCAAUCACAGCACGUUUUGUAACUGAGAUGGGAAAUAAAAAGGGUUAUUUCCUGCAUAUCGUAACCUAAACUAUCACAAAGAUAUUUCACUAAAGCAACUAAUAUUUGAGUUUCGGAUUAAUUUCCAGGUAGAGAACGAGGAGUCAGAGAAGAACGAGAUGGAGGUGGGUGUCAGAGGGGGAGUGUACAAUGUGUCCAAUGUUGAUGGAGUACCCAAGAUAAGUCCAAAGUCACAGGCAACUACCAGUGGUGACAUACUCAGCAAGACGGUAAUAACGAUGGUAUUGAUAAGAAUGAUGAAAAUAACAGUAAUAAUAAUAAUCAUCAUCAUCAUGAUGAUAGUUGUAAUAAUCUUAAUUCUGAUGAUGAUUGGUUGAUUAUAAUGACAAUAAUCAUGGUAAGAAUGUUAUAAUAAUAUUUAUGAUGAUGAUGAUUAUAAAUAUCAAUUGCCUCUUUAUCGAGGCCUCAAGUCUUCAUGUAACCUGUUGCCUGUGUAUAUUACUCUUCAAGGUCAUUCAGCUUUGCGAAGACUAGUUGAAAUGUGAAUUUCAACGGCCGGUUGUUACAUCAACUUUCAGCUGUUUAGUAAAACCGUGCUCUAGAUCAUCUUUUUGUGUAAAUGUUGAUUUUAGAGCGUGAACAGUGUCAAGAUGACUUAAGGCUGACACUGCUUUGCUUCAAACAUCCCAGUCAAGAAAAAGAAUCACUUGGCACAUUCAUGGUCUAAAAUCGAAGCCCAUGUUAGACUGAAUUUCAACAACCCGCCCAUAAUAACUCAUAAUUGUUGUGCCUCAUCUUGUUCUGUAUGUAGUGAAUGAAAUGUUUCCUUUGGAAACUACAUGUAACUGGAAUUAAACAAUUAACACAUUGAAACAUUUUUUACACCAUUGUGUGCACCGUCUUUGCGUAACAUGUUCAACGAAUGUGAUCCGAGAUGGUUUCAAGCAUACCAACUUCAGAUUAAAACCUACUUUAUGUAAGAGUAAUUUAAAACCCCUUUGCUAUACUAAGGAGAUGGCGUUACCGAGGUUGUUACUGGUCCUGAAUUCUUCCAUUUUUUGUCUUUAGGAAGAAGAAGAUAAAUUAAUAUGCCAGCUUGUUUGCCGUCUUUUGCCAUAUCCAGAGGUUAGUAGUGGUAGCAUUUUGUCAAUUUUCAAGAUUUUUGUGGGUAGGGACUGGUUUGUUCCAUCAGCAUGAGGAGGAUUGGGAAGAGAUAUAUUUUUAGCAAGGGGGUGAUUGGCAAACGAUAUCGAAAUAAACCAUGGCUGUACGGUGAAUCUUCUUCAUCUUGUGACGUUUACUUCUACUCCUUGUGAGAUACAUAUCCUUGCCGGCAAGACAAGGUGUAUUUUCAAGGAACUCUUCCUUUUUCCAAGAUCGGAAUUUUAAAUUCUCCGUACUUAUCACAUAACGUUCCAUAACGCGUAAGUUCUGAGAAUUGACGGUUCUCUGUAGGUUACUAUUUGUAUUGCGCUUACUUACCUGCUCCCCUUGGCUGUUUUUAGUUUUCACUGAUUUGUAUUCUUGGCUCAUCAUACUACAUUAUAACGUGACUUACAAUGUUUUAGAUUGCCACAGCCACAAACAGAGAGGGCGAGACAGCCCUGGCUUUCCUGGUGAACAAUUCCCGCUGGGUCAAACUGAGUGCAAAUCAAAAGCAGCGUCUCUCUAAAUACGGCAGCAUCUUGCUUGGGCAAGACGCAGCGUUCCCUCUGAAGCGAGAACAGAGACCCCAGCAAGAAGUCUCUCGCUCUCCACAGGAAGACGAAAUAAUGACGGAAAUCAAUAUUACAGGCGUUUCAGAUACCACUAUGCUGGAAACUAACCUUCUGGCACAGCUCGAUGAUAUCUCGAGCAGCUUCCGAAGCAUCGUGGACACACUGCAGGCUUUGGAGAGGCGAUGUCAGCUGCCUGAUCAACCGCGGCAGCAACAGCAGACUCCUCAGACGGGUGACGAGAAGGAUAUGGAGAAGCUUCCUGGGAACGAGUCGACAUCAGGUGGAAACGAAACACCAAUGGAUGUAGCAAGCGAAAAUACAGCAGGGAGUAUUGACUUGAUAGGAUUUCCUCCCAAUACAGCAGUUGUUCCUGAUGAUCUCCCUGGUGACAGUCUACCAGUUUUGAUACAACUCAUACAAAGCUGGCCUUCCGUGGUGUCAACGAUACUGGGUUACUGCCCUUUUGGCGCUUCAUCAGGGCACUCAGAUGUGCACAUGACGAAGGAGCCUUGUGGUUCCGACGACUCACCUCCAAAAGGUCCAUCUCGAUGUAACCCGGUAGAUUCUUGCAUCCUGGAUUUGUUUGUCUUUGAGUUGCUCUCUCACUCUGAUGAAGCCGUUUUGAUGACUUUUGUGGAGAUGAUUGUCGAUGAGAUGAAUAAGCAUUCCCAAAACAUGACGCUAGAUGCUGUUUAUCGAAUUGCCCAAUUGCAAGGCGAUCUAAGCCCUGCGGAUGUCGCCAUUAUGGUGGGGAUGAAGUUCUUGAGGUCUGUUAUUCGUCAAUUGGCUGUUCAUCUCAGUCGCUCUGGCUUGUCUUACGUCGACCUCCGGACUCGCCUUGGGUCCAGUCCUUCGACGCCCAGUACCAGAAGCAGUCAGGGGGACAAUGUAGAAUUUAAGAGGAAAGUCAGGUAAGGAAUGAAGAGAAAUCUUCAACAGAAUGUCGUCGAAAGCAUUCUGGAAUUGCUUUGGUUUUUCGAUACUUCGCCUCAGUACAGUUUUUUCAAUGCAUUUAAAAAUACGACUUGGAUGAUUCUUCUUCUAUCACUAACUAAACAAGCACACUCCUUUUGCAACUUGUUACGUGCCUAUCUACUACGAGAGGUUUUCUGUGUGUAAGUGAUUGUGAGUGUUUGGACGUCGUCCUCUGUAUAGUUAACCUUUAACUCCCAAGAUCUCAUUAGUCCUUCUCUUUGCUGUCCCUUACAGUUCUUAUUAUGUCAGCUUGGAGAAAUUGGUAUUGGAUCAACUAAUAAUCCACUAAUUGAUAUUGUUCUUUAUUCUCGUAGCUUGCCUGCUAGGGAGUGUAUUGAAAUUGUAAGGAGAAAUUCUGUUUUGGUCACUUAUGGAAGUUAAAGGGUUAAGUGACCAAAACGUUAGUUAUUUUUGCAGUCCUGUUGCACUGUAUUCUCAUCAUCGACUGGUCUUGUUAUCGAUAACGUCAUAUUCUGUUAUGAUUGUAGAAUGAUCCUUCGCUCGUUUUCAUGGCUAGCUGUUCACGAGCUGACUCAGGCUGCUGAGGCCUCCGUCCUUCCCGUUCGCGAGGGUGUGGCUAAACCCCAAGCUCGUUCUACUGGUUCGUCUGUGAGUAACAAUGUUCCUAACCCCAAUGGAGGAUUUCCAGGAGGGAGGUUCCGAUUUAGACCAGGUAAAGUAUUAUUGAGAGAAUGCAAUAAGUCUCUAAUGUAAAAUCCAAAGAAGUUUUUAAGAAAGCUUUUUAGGAAAAACUGAGCCUGAUUUAUAAAUUGCAGGAAUCCGAGUGGGUGGUCCUCAUGAUUCAAGCACCAGACCACAGGAUCCACCACUUAGGACAGCUCAGAGGUAUGUUUAAUUCAAUGCUGUAAAUCCAACUCUGUCCGGAAUUUUCUAGAUAUCUUUUCAGUAAAACGUAUGAAUAAUGUAUUCAGAAUAAACUCUUUCAAAACUUCCAAGGAGGGGGUGGGGUGGGGGGUGUCACUAUUUGUCUGUUCUUCUAGACCCAGUCGUUUGUUGAAGAGUAGGAUGAGGACGUUUUAAGUGGGGGGAGGGGGAGGGGGAGGGGGGAGGGGGCUAAUUAGAAACAGGGCUCACUAAGCCAAGUGCAUUUUGAAGGGGGCUCUUUUUCAUUACAUGCUCUUGCAGUCUAUACCCGCGUUGGUUUCCCUCAGAAUUUUUCUGCGCGUGUGUGACUUAAUAUGUGUUCUACAUUAGGAUUUCGCAAACCAAUGUGACAGAAAAUUCCUCAGUGUGCCGCGGUAUCAGACUAGCAAACAUCUCUGAAGGACCUUCCGGGAUCGCUAACAAGAAGCGCGCUCCAAGCCCCUUCAGGGCCUCUUCUUAUGAGGUUUCCAGGCUGCAUGGCAAAAAGAGUUCCUUAGUCGACAGUGACAGUGACUCUGCUGACGAAACUGAUCACGUUGGGGCUUUAAGCGGCGACGGUGAUAGCGACAUGGAACUAGACGAGCGAGAUCAGCGGUCUGUUUCCUUGACGACAGGAAUAACCCAUGACCACCCCUAUGCUUGGGCCCUGGAUGGUCGCGUUGCCAGUUUGAAUGAGGGAAACAACUUGCCCGGACAUAUUCACGUGAGUCUCAAAUGAUGAAAGCUAAAAAUGGUCCUUGUACCGUAAAUGGCCUUAAAACCGUCAAAAUGAUCGAGAAUUUACUGUUCCUGAAGAUAUUUUUGGAGUUCAAUUAUGUCUGUUGUGGUCGUUUUUGUUUGUUAAUUUUUUCCUCUGGUUAUUGUUCUCUUUGUUGGUUUUUUCCCAAGUUUCCUCCUUCCCGAGGGAACUUUCGCAAGUAACAUGCUCGAGGUAUCCCACUGUUUCUUUACAGAUUCCACAAUGGGCGACCCCCGUCGUUUCACCUCCUAGCGUCCACACUGGAAAUUGCUACUUGACUCGCAUGUUCUCGCGGCUGGUAAAGGAGACUUUGGACCUCAUGACAACUCUCACUAAAGACACCCACCCCACUCAGGAGGGUAGUGCCAUGCUGCCCUCUCUCACUACGACCCAGGAGGAACGUCAGUCCGUUCAGGACCAUGUUAUGUCCGUUCUCGAGAAGUCAUGGCUGUGGCUGGCUGGAGUGCUUGACGUGGUCGAGGGUCAGUUGCGGAUGGGAAAAAAUUUUGAUACCAAGGUUGGUCUUUACUUUACAACUAACAAUCUUACGUUACAUUCUCUUGGCCCUUUAUACCCUAACAUCGAUGUCCACUUUCUCUAUACACUUCUCUACUCAUUUCCUUUGGUACUGACAUGGAGAAUUUGUUUAAAGAUCAAAGCUUCUUAAGUUGAAAUUAGUGGGUGAUCCUCGAAUCAGCGCCUAGGAAGCUUAUUUCAAAUUUAGGGAAAUAAUAUUAAUGAGUCCUAUUCCUGUCUUGGCGUAUCACAUUUGCUUUCUUCUGUAACCUCCUUGCAUAUUGUUUUUUCUCCAGCGGUAUCUAGCGUCACUUCAGCGGCCUGAAGACACUGAGCUGGCCAUGUUGGGAAGAUCUUUGUCGACCAUACCAGGGGCCUCUCCUGAGGAAUAUUUGAUGUUCCUGCUGAGGGCUCAUAAUAAUGAACACAAAGACUCACUCCCUGUUGUGGAUAUGCUUUGGUAAGUUUUAUCGCUUUGUUAAGUUUUACUACUUUGUUAAGUUUUACUGCUUUGGUAAGUUUUAUUGCUUUGGUGAGGGUUAUUGUAAGUUUUAUAUGGUAAGUUUUACUGGGGGGUUGGGAUUAAAGAAAAAUUCUUCUUGGCCCAGUUGUUCGAAGGGCGCAUCAAGCUACCCAGUGGAUAAAUAGCUAACCAGCAGAUAGGUGUUAAGAAAAUGUACUGCGCUAUCCAUCUGCUAGAGAUUCAUCCGUGGAAAGUUUUAUCCGCCCUUCCAACAGUCGGGGCUUGUUGUGUUAUUUAGUAAACCUUUCUCGAGGGUCCAGUGGAUGUCUACUUGGUAAAUAUCAUCUUACUUAAUUUCUUAGUUAUGAGCACGCUGUGUAUGUUCUGGACGCAUUCAUUUACUCCAUGACGCACUGGCCUCGACUGGCUUCAACCCUCAACCGAAGAAUUUCCACGACGAGCAACGAUGGAGACGACUCUAGCCCCAGUUUCUCUCAGCCUUCACAGCCCGAAGAUGGAUCUUCAAGCCCGGAAACUAAGCCCUCACCUACCACAGAAUCAAAGCGGUGGCGACGUCACAGCCAUGAACGAGAGGCUAUUAUAAAGUUCUUUGGUAUGGACGUUAUACAGGGUGACAGAGAGAAGUUUCUGACCAGUCUUCAAGAUACAAUUCAACAGAAAUUUCCCAAGGUACCCAAAGCAUCUUGGGAAGUUUUCACUCAUAAUGUGACCAUGGCCCGUCAGAAGUCUGAAGACCCAAAUCUAGCGUCGCAAAAGGAAAGUGAUGAGGAAAGCGGACUACCGACAACGUUUAGUGCCAUGGGAUCGUAAGUACUAUUCGCAUUAAUUGUCCACGUUCCACGCGAGAUAAAAACACUGGCUUCGAGUCAAUCGCGUGAAAUAGGUUUUUAAAAAAGUAAACCGUCUUUUGGUGGUGAACUUGUUCGGUUUGGUUUUCUUUAGUGGCUGAGGCUCUUACCAGAACAGGAGCGUUACUUUGUGAUGGGACUUCGUUAACGAGUUUAACGCUUCAAAGUUUUUCUUUCGGUUAGGUUAGUUUUACAUGUACAUGUAAGUCUCGACUUUCUUUACCAGACCUAGUUUUCCAUGUUCUCGUCGAAAUAUAUAGAACUCUUUGCCAUUACGAUAAUAUAUUAAUUGAUAAGAAAAGACCCUGGACUACAUUGAUUUUUCUUCACUUAGCAUAGCGAUUUGCCCAGAAAUCUCGCGCCACUUUCCCAACCAACCAAAUAUAAAAUUAAAACCAAUUCCCUGAACUUCCAAGGGAAAAUCAAGCCUUAAGUGAUUCUAAUUUGUUGUUUAUAUUUCGGCAGGCACACCUACCCCUCUCCCCUAGUGACAAAUUGGUCACCUGAUCAUGUGAUAGGCAGAUGGAAGAUCUCUGUGGAUUUGUUUUCCCGCCUGUUUCUGGCAGAUGGGCCCGGGGCUGAACGAGAAAGUUUCUUAGCGGCACGCGCUGGUGUGGCGGGAAGAUUAGCAAGGUACGUAUGCGCUUAUAGCUUCUCCAGAUGAACUCAUCUUUUCGAUCAUUGAAUAAACUAACUCCACUAUACUUUUGUUUCCCAGAUUCCGCCGAGCUGCUUCUUAUCUCCGUGAAUCUAUCACAAGCGAAUCGCAGCAGCUUGGAUCGUAUGGAGGACUGGGUGCGAGAGUCAGCACCACUCUGACUCUGGCAGUCAAAAGACAGAAGAUACAGGAGAAUACCCUUAGAAUACUUGGCGAGGUAAUUAUUAUCGUUAUUUGCCCCUUGUUGCUUUCCCGUAAUUUAUCGUUAAAGAUUAUUUAGGGCAGCAAGUUUGUGAUUCAAGGCACUCUUAGAUGCAGUACUAAAAUCUCCUUGUUUUUUCCUUCUAUAGAUGUCCACAUUUCACUAUAGCAACCUUCGAGUCAAGUUCGAGGGAGAGGAGGGCUCUGGGCCGGGUGUGAACCGGGGAUUCUUUGCUGCCAUGGCGAAUGCCCUAAAAACGGACGAAAAGGUAACUAUGUCGGAAAAAACGUUGUUCUUAUUCUUCGUUUGUCUUACAAUGUAGUCUCUUCCGAUGUGGAUUUCGACGUUUCGACAGUAAAUCGGAUGAGAUUGGCGGAUCUUUCGUGAUUAAAAGAUCGCUUACGCGUUGAAAUCUUGUUUUUCCAGUAUGCCAUUUUUGCUAAAACUCGUUCCAUGAUUUUGAAGUCAUUUUUCUUUCUUCCCGCCAAAUGUGCGUUCGUGCGCGCCCACUGUGUUCCAUGAUUUUGAAGUCAUUUUUCUUUCUUCCCGCCAAAUGUGCGUUCGUGCGCGCCCACUGGUUCCGUGUAUUUGUCGUACUCGUCGCUGUAGUUAAGUCUAAAGUCGCUAUAGUUAAGCUGAGGAUUGCGAACGUUGAGGCAUACAAGUCUCCUUUGCUUGACACAUUUCUCAUUUUCUAGCUUCCAGUUGAAACCACGACUUUACUUCAUGAGCCAGGGAAACUGCCGGAGCAAAGCGGGUUCUAUGCUCCUAAACCGUUUGCGUAUUCUGACAACUCCCCAGAGGAAAACAAUAUCAAGGUAAUUAUCUGGAAUGUUAAAAUGAGAUUUCUUUGAAUUCUGAUACAUGUUUGGCUGCACGUUUUCAGCCCAAUUCAAGACGUACAUGUACGUGCUCCAUACAGCACUCGUUUUGGACGACAAACCUGUUCUAGGUUAAUUUUAUCACGGUAGUUCAGUCUUCCUUAAUUGAGCCAUGUGUCUUCAAAAAAUCCACUUCGCAUAGCUGAAGUUUUGUUAAGUAGAUGGUACAGCCGCUAGGCGCGCGCAAAGAAACACGAGACGUGAUUAACCUCUUUUCAAGUCUCCUAUCUUCGUUUUCUGGGAACAAGGUUGAAGAAGUGAAUUGAGGUACAAAGCUACGUCCCCGUUUGUUUUUGGUCAAGCCUGCCGAAUUGAGCAAUAUUAGUCGAAUUUCAACAUUACUUGGAAUUGCGUUGGUCUUGCUUUGUGAUAGGACUACUGAGAAAACUCGUACCACUUUACAAUUUAGCCUCUGUCAUUUAAUGCAGAACUAAAAGCAAUCGUAACUUGGUGACUGGCGUUUGCUCGUGCUUAAGGCUGUCUCUUUAUCUCUUUAUUUUCACGCUUUGAGUCUUCAUUGGCCUCGUGUUAUUUUUUUGACGAAUUCCAACCUCUACUAAAACCUAUAAAAUUUAAGGACUUUGUCAAAUACCCCUGUUUUACUCAGCUUCUCAAUUACUUUAGCAUUUGAAGCUUUUUGCUAGGUUUGCUUCGCAAUUCUUGAUUCCUCAUGUACUCCUUAGGAGAGUGGGACACUAAGAGUAACCCACUUCAUCACAGAACGUCGGUAACUUGUGAAUUUAUCUCGCUUUUAUUUGUUUCAGAAUCGUCGCCUGAAGAUGUUCACUGCCAUUGGCCGAUUCAUUGGUUUAAGUCUUUGGUUCAGUAACACCGUACCAUUGAACUUUAGCCGCCACGUGGUUAAAUUUCUACUAGAAAGGUACCGUUGUUGGAAAGAACUUAAAUAAUGUAACUUUAUCACUGAGGGGCGCUUCAAGCUUGCUAAAAAUUACAAAAUUGACAGCCUGGUGAGUCUGUUAAACCUGAUGAAGGUCUGCGUUGAUAUAUCGAAAUGUGAAAUCAUCAGUUUUUAUGCCUGCUUUGAUGUUAGGACUACUUUGAUAUUGGGACUGCGUUCGUGAAAAAGGUUAGAAGUUCCCAACCGCCGACAGAGACUUCCAACACCAGUCGCAGCAACAAUCGAACAGAUCACAAUAUUUUGUUAAUAUUGUUGUUGUUGUUUUCUUUGUUAUUUAGAGAUGUAACUUGGGAGGACCUGGCGUUUUUCAAUGCUGACCUAUUUGAGGGACUCAGUCGUAUGAUUCUAGACACCACUCACCCUCUGAUGACCUCAGAACGCUUUCAGGCCACAUACUGCUGCCAUUUUGAGGUACGAGUUUAAACAGUACAUUGAUGUUACAGUAGCCAGAAGUUUCGCCCCUUUGUAAGUUUGCACCAACCUCGACGAACUCGCCCCCGUCAUCGAAUGGUGAUGUUACAGACCAUCGUUCUAGAAGCUUAGAGUGUAUAUUUAUUUCUACAGACACCUAUGUCGUCGAUAGGUAAGAAAACAGCUUAGUUAUUAUUUUGUACUUACAGACGUCAGUGGGCGGGACAACAGAAGAACUCGUACCUGGAGGUUCGCAGAUUCCCGUGACGCCUGACAAUAUCUUCAAAUACGUCAGGUAAUGUGGUAAACUUACCGUCUGAACGGGAGAUACAUGUUUAUCUGAAUUGGUUGACGCAUCGAUGUCACUAAUAUGUUAACAUGCUUUAAUAGAAAGUUUAGACGAUGCUACUGUGACAAUAGUAAUUUUGAUAUAAGUGUGGGCAGGGGGAUGGGGGGGGGAGGUGGGUUUCCGAACGCACGUAUUGACAGAGACACCGUUGGGGUCCUAGUAAGAAAGAAGUUCGAAAAUCCUUUCACAACCAGUUCUACCAACAAGUAUAUAUGUUACUCUCAGUAUUGUUGUUAGAAUUUUAUUUACGUGAGAGGAUCAGGUUGUUAUUGGUUUAAAACGGUUUCUAAAUAAAUUAUUUAGAAGGCGUGCAAUGAUUUGAAAAUAUCAAAGGACUUUGAAUCAAGAUUUCCCAAUGCAGGAUUUUUGUGAAAGCGAAAAGCUCUUGAUGUUCUAUUUUUUAUGAUUAUGAAUAUCAUCAUUUUUAUUAUUGUUGAUAAUUUGACCGUCGUUUCUUUGUUUAGACUUUAUGCUAGCAAGGUGAUGAUCGGCUGCGUAGAAAACGAAUUACGAGCCAUGAGGAGCGGACUAAAUGACGUCAUUCCUUCUGAACUCCUGACAUCUCUUACACCAGAGGUAAGCCACCAGUUAUGUGACCAGCAGUCGUUUAAUACUGUCAUGUUUGCUACGUGAGGUGAAACUUAGAUUCUACCCUCUAAUUUUUCCCGCCCAGAUUGACACUCGUGGUUCUUUUUUUCUCCUUUUUUUUGUAGGAUUUUCAGCUCUUACUGUCAGGAGGAACGACAGAUGUCGACAUCAACCGUCUUCGCUCUGUGAUGACGUUCAGUAACAGCAAUGGCUGUUCCACCGAUAUCCUUGACAGAUUUAAACGGUAGGUAACAUUAGACCAACAGCUGAUUCCUUAUUCUACUUAGUGGCCGUCCUACAUAACCGCUAGCUUAGUCUUGAGAAUUUGUUAUUUCAAGACAAGAUCUCUCUCUUGUUUUCUUGACUAUGUACAAAAUUGUAAAGAGUGGUGACGUGAUCAUCUUGAGUUGUAGGAGGAAAUGUUUUUACCCGUAAGCGCUCUCACAAGAUGCGAAAGCAUCCCUUGGAUGAUUUCCCCUAUAAUGAGUUCCCCUUUUGAUGAGUUCCCUUUGAUAAGCCCCUUUUCAUACCCACUAUGAUAAACCCCCUCUGAUAAGACCCCCUCGGAUAUACCCAUCUGAUAAACCUUAUUCUGAUAUCUCUCCCUUAAUCAGCCUUCUGUGAUAAGCCUCUCUUUGCUAAGCCCCUCUGAUAAGCCCCCAUCUGAUAUCUCUCAUGAUACCUUCCCUUUGAUAAGCCCCUCCCUCAGAAGAGUCCUCUAUUUGACAAGAUUAGCCCGCCCCCCCCUCUGAAGCGUCUCCAUUUGACAAGAUAAGCCAUCCCUCAAUACGCUCCCUUCUUCUGAUAAGGCCUCCCCCUCCACUCUGAAUAGUCCCCUCUCUAAUAAGCCCCAUGUCCACCCGGAGCUUUCAGAGAAUCCACGAUAUUUAUGAAAAGUGGUCUAAUUAUGGACUAGCUCCUUUGUUCUCCACAUUUCUGAAGAGACUGUGGAAGACCUCGCGGAUCUUAUCUCAUCUAAUCGAAUGUAGGGUCUUGACCAGAAACCAAUUCCCCCAGCCUGUAGUGAACAAAUUUCACCCAUAAGGCAACGAGAAUUUAAAUAUUGAUGAUGAUCUUUCCACCCUAUUAAGGUGGUUCUGGUCCAUUGUCCAAAAAAUGACUCCUCUUCAACGACAGCAGCUGCUUUACUUCUGCACAGGGAGUGCGGUUCUCCCAGCUCUGUCGGACAGAAGAGACCCGGAACAAGGUAUGGUGUUCUCUCUUUCAGUGAUGGGAAUUUUUCUUGUCUUAUCUAAGUUUGGGUCGCUAUAUUUAGACAGAAAAAUACGUUCUAUCCAUUGAAGGAGACGGGGAGAAGAAGAUCUUCUCGAAAAAGUGUUUUUCAGAUGAAUUCAGGUCGAAAUUGACUGAUGUAAAUUUAAUCUGUCAUUCAAAAUGAGUCACCCUUGGACCGGCUUCCCAAUUCUUUUUUCCAAUCCGAUCACAGGAAAAUGAUCCCAGACAGUCGUGUCAUUCCUUUUUAAUCAAGCUAUCCAGUGUUAUUUAGCAGUAUCUUAAACCAGGAGCGCAUUAUGAUGGGCCAGUCCUUCUUAACCCUUUACACCCUAACAUCGGUAUGCAUAUUCUCCAUACUUUCACUAUACAUUUCUUAAGGUUCUGAAAAGGAGAAUUUGUUAAAACAAUCAAGAGCUUCUUCAGUUGUUGAUCAUUUCCCUUAUUCCCAUGACCUUAAUGCUUCAUUCAGGAGUGAUAUUGUAAGGAGAAUUUAGAUGCCAGUCAUCCUUAGGGGUUAAAGGGUUAACCCGAUUGUUCUCACUUAUGAUAUUUCCCAAGUUGAGGCUGCGAUUAAAAAGAACGUUGUUAAGGAUUUUUAUUUUAAGACUGUUUAGAUGUGGCCAUAAAAAGUGGAGGCUCACUUGUUUAAUACUAUAGCGUGAUAUGGAAAUGGUGUCCCUGAAGAGACAAUUUUCGUAUUUUCAGACCUUAACAUCACUGUGGAUGUCAUCAGUGGAAACACCAAGGCGUUACCCAUGGCAACUACUUGUGGUCAGCGGAUGAGCAUACCGUUGUACCCUUCGAAGAAAAUCUUGAAGAGAAAACUGCUCCAAGCCAUCCAGUGUCAGGGUUAUGGCUUGGGCUAAAUAAUUGUCAAGACGGCUCAACUCUUAAUGCUUCUUUUCACCGAUUACUUAUUACCGUUUAUUUUAUCACCGGUAUACUGGAACUUUGUCUUGCAAAAUACGAUGCAUCACUUUGUGACGAGCCUUACUCGUGCACACCAAGCACCACAGAGAAAGCACCCUCUUCAUUGGACUGCUGCGUGACUUUUACGUACCUUUCAAUUUAAUCUCCGAUUAUCAAAUGACUAAAGUUUUGGAACCGUUUUUAGUUGCGCUUCUGUUUCUGUCAGGAAUUAGAGAUUAGCUGAGUAUUUAGUUAAAGCAUCUAAUGUAUUGUUUCCGAGAUUGAUGAUAGCUUCAAGGUGACAUGUUUCGAUUCCUUUUAGCGUUGUUUGACUUCACAACAACGUAAAAAUAAAUGGUCGAUGAUAUGGACACAUUUUUAUUUAAUAUAAAAUGGCAGCUUGUUUCAAUUAGUGGCCGCAAGAACAGCGUUAGGUCGCCUCGCGUAUUUUAGGUUGAUACAACGUGUUUUU